CAGGCAGGUCAAGCUGCUUUGGCACAUCUUGCUGUGGACUGCAAGAUGAGCAAGUCAAUGCUCUUCCUUGGUUUUCUUCUUGUUUUCCUUAGCCUGGCUCUGCCAGGCACCCAGGGAAAAAUAAUUCCCAGAUGUGAGAUGGUGAAGAUCCUACGUCGGAAUGGCUUUCAGGGCUUUGAGGGCACAACUGUUGCUGACUGGAUGUGCCUGGUGAAAUAUGAGAGUGAUUAUAACACAAAAGCAUACAAUAACAAUGGUCCAAGCAGGGACUAUGGCAUCUUCCAGAUCAACAGCAAGUACUGGUGCAAUGAUGGCAGGACCCCCGGCUCCAAGAAUGCCUGCCACAUCAGUUGCUCAAAACUGCAAGAUGAUAACAUUGACGAUGACAUUCAGUGUGCCAAGAAGAUUGCCCGGGAGGCUCAUGGCCUCAGCCCCUGGUAUGGCUGGAAAAACCAUUGCCGGGGCAGAGACCUGAGUUCCUUUGUCAGGGGCUGCUAAAUCACUGCACAGAUAUUGAUUGUUUCCUCAGGACCACCAGAGAUGGAGAAUGACAGCGUUUGGAGAAAGGGCCAGGGAAAUGCAUGGGUGUGGGGAAUUAAAUGCAGUAUAUUAUUGAGUGGGUACUGGCUAGUGCUAACUCCAGAGGUUUUCACACUGCUGCAACGCAAACAGAGAGCUUACAGCUCACAGCUUAAUAAAAACAGGCAUAGCAAUAAGCCACUACAGAAUUUCAGCUUUGAUUUACUUGCAUAAUCCUGACUCAAGAUUUUGUUACCCUAACAAGGUUUAGCAACAUUUAGGGUUCCUCUCUCCUUUUGCUUCUUUCUCUGUUCUCCUUCACCCCUCCCUUCCUCCUCUCCUUCCCCUUUAUUUUUUUGCCCAUUCUUACUGGAGUGUCUGUAGUGAGGAAAUACAAAAAUUUCAUUAACAUUGUGUAAGAUGUGCAGAAUUAUGUUGUGUUAUGACCAAGACAGUCACUGAUUGAGACAGACCAGGGACAGAGAGAGAAAACUAUGCUGAAACACGACAUUGCUCCUUAAAUUUAUCUGAGCAUCUGCCCCUGGCUGGUAUGAGGGAUAGGCACUGAAACAUUUGGGCAUCUGGCCUGAGGGAAUACAGCAUUUCUUAUCAUUUUUUGAGGAAGUCAAUCAAACACAGCCUAGAGUGCAGGCAGCAUCUCUGUGAGGAAAUGAUGGGUUGGAAAGGCUGUUAGGGAAGGGAAAUGUUUUGCUGUUUAGUUUACAAGUCCUUUUUCCAAAUGAAAGCUGGAUUCAGAAACAGUGCAUGAAUGAAAGGUGCUAACACUGAAAAAACAUGUUUACUGCUUCAUGUGCUUUCUGCUGCUGCUAGGGGAGCAAUGACUUCUUUGGUGCUUAUGAAAUAAAGGGAUGCUUAAACUCAUGUCUUGUGUGACUGUAUAAACCAAUCAUUAAAGGCAUGUUUGUUUAGAUGGCUGCAUCUUAAAUAAAAAAGCUCAAAGUAA